GGGGGCGUCUUUACCGUAUGUCAGGAAGUACAGUACUGACAUUUUCUGCACUUAAAUUUGCACAGUGUGGUUGGAUUAUAUGUACAGUUUUCAAACUUUAUCUCCCGAUUCUAACUUUACUCACGUUUAAUAUCGGGGGUCAUUAUGGCGGUGUUUGACAACUGUAACGUGCUGUUAGAUGUGAAGACUUUGCCUUUUAAAGAGAAGAAGAAGCUGAGGUCAGCUCUUCUGGAUAAUGGAGGAAACAUCACUUAUGUGGUCAACAAACAGUGCUCUUUUGUGGUGACCAGCAGUGUGGAUGAUCUGAGCAGUAACAGACAGAAGAGCAUUCACAAGCUUCAGAUCCCUGUGGUUGGGAUGCAGUAUGUAUGGAGUUGUCUGGAUAAAGGUCAUCUCCUGCCUUUUGCAGAGCAUGUUUUGACCCCACAACUGACACACCCCAGUUCUGAACACAGCUCCCUACGUAAUCCAGUGUUGACUCAGAUACCAGUAAAAGGGAGCUUCAUAAGUCAAACUCGGACGGAGAUUCUUGGGAAGGGCGGACCUUGUCCCGGGAAGUUUAGAAUUUACAAAGGUGAUCAGGAUCUGCCUGAAUUUCCUUCACAUUUUCAAGUGGCCAAAUAUUCCUUUUUUAAGAAGAAUAACUCGAAGACUUUAUCAGUUUUGGAGCUGCAGAGUGCCAAAGGAAGAGCUGGCCAACAGUAUCGCAUCUUGUGUUCAAUCUUGCAUGAAUCAGAGAAGAAAGUGGUAUGGGACAAGCUUGUGUACUGCAGCACCUCUGAAGAUGCUCUGGAAGCGUAUGUGAUGCUGAUGAAAGAAGAGAAAGAUAAAGGAUUCACACAGAUGUUUGCACUUCCCCCUGAGGCUGAGCACUUGGCAUCCUACAGCUUAAAACAGCUUCUUUUGGAGGAGAAGCUGAACUGCAGCACACUAUCACAGGAAGUGGGCGUCUUUGUGGAGCUGGUUUGGACCGAGGCUCUUGGUUCCCUUAGUAAAAUUCUCACGGUCCCUGUUUCCAGGAUCAGCCUUAAUGAUGUGAGCAGGGUGGAGGGAUUGCUGCUGCAGGCACAAAAGACUCAAGAUGAGGAGAAAGUCAAGACCCUGCUGGAGGAGGUCAACACUCUUUUACCCCUUCAAAUAGCCGACCCUCCUUCCACACACAAGCUUGUGUCUCAGAAACUAGACCUUUGUCAGCUGAUCAGAGAUAUUUUGAAUGUGAGUGAGGCCACUAUGAGAAGCCCCUUGCCCUCCUCUUUGGGAAAGUAUCGUGCCCUGAGGUGCAGCAUUGAUGUGGUCCCAUCAGAAAACCCUGAGUUCACUGUUAUCUCUCAAAUGCUUCAAGACAAGCCUAUUCAGAUUCAGAAGAUUUUACGUGUAAGCAGAGGGGUGGAGCUUCAGAUGUUUAGGGAGGAGCUUGGCAACAUAAAGCCCCUCCUCCACUCGACUGGCACCAACAGUUUUGUUGGAAUACUUUCACGAGGUUUGCUGCUGCCCAGGGUCGGAGUGGAACAACAUGGAAUUGAGAGGACAGAUAUCGGGAAUCUUGGAGGAGGCAUCUACUUCAGUGAUUCUCUGACGACUAGUGUGAAAUACUCCAAGCCCAGCGUAGCCGAUGGCUCUCGACUGCUGUUGGUGUGUGACGUGGCUCUGGGCCAGUGCAAGAACCUGCUGAAAAGAGACCCCACUUUGACCUGCGCCCCCAAGGGCUAUCACAGUGUACAUGGAGUCCGCCGAACUCCAAAAACUACCUCAGAGUUUCAGGAUGAUGAGUAUGUUGUAUAUAACACAGAUCAGAUCAAACUCAAGUAUGUUGUGCAGUACACUUUAGAGGAGGACCAGCUGACAGAGUUUCAUCCUCAAAUCAACACUUCUGAGGAGCUCGCACAGCCCACCGAAAGAAUCUUGCCCAUUGAUGAGAGUGAAGGUCUGGAGUCCACUAAGAAUCCUCUAGAGGAGAUGACCGCAGGUCUCCUGGACAGCAGUGGCAAGACACUUCCUCUGAAGGCUGUCCAUGUGAGGUGCAAAUUAAUGGACUUACUUUGUCAGGUCAUAAUUUUUCAGACUUACACAAACCAGAGUGAAGUUCCCAUUGAAGCGAAAUAUGUCUUUCCACUGGAGGAAACGGCAGCGGUGUGUGGAUUUGAGGCCUUUAUCAAUGGAAAGCAUGUCAUUGGAAAGGUAAAGGAAAAAGAACAGGCUCGUAAAGAAUACAGACAAGCAAUAGAGAGGGGCCAUGGAGCGUAUCUAAUGGACCAGGAUGCACCUGAUGUAUUUACUAUCAGCGUUGGGAACCUGCCUCCAGGAGCCACAGUUUUGAUCAAGGUGACCUUCAUCACUGAGCUGGUUGUGAGAGGAGGCUCCAUCAUCUUCUCUCUGCCCGGCAGUGUAGCACCGUGGCAGCAGAGCGCCGCUCUCAAUCAGAAAACUCAGGGAACUGUUGAGAAGAUCUCUGUGACAGAGCUUCAGUCAAAGGGGGAGUUCUCUCUGUGUAUGUCCAUUGAAAUGCCUUAUGAGAUCAUCAACUUAGAGUCUUCACACCUCAUCAAAAUCAAGAGGACAGACUGUAAGGCUGUGAUCAGUACUUUGCCAGGACAAACUCUUGGAUCUGAUGGGCUCCAGGUGACCUUCAGUCUUUCUAAGAUCCACAUGCCCAGAAUGUGGGUGGAGAAACAUCCAGACAAAGAGAGUCAGGCAUGCAUGUUGGUGUUUUAUACAGACUUUAAGUCCAACUCUGAAGGUCCAUCCAGUGUGAGUGAUGUCAUCAUCCUGUUGGACACCUCAGAGUCAAUGCGGGGAGACGCCAUACUAAACGCUCGCAGGAUUGCUCUUCAAGUCCUUAACUCUUUAGACCGCUCACUAAAGAUCAACAUCAUCUCUUUUGGCACUGAUUACAAGGAAGCGUUUCCUGCACCAGUGCUCUUAGAUGAAACCUUUGAAUCAGCCAGAAAAUUCAUUAUGUCGUGUAAUGAAACGGGUGGCAGCACUGAGUUGUGGAGGCCUCUCCGUAGCCUGAGCCUGAUACCUCCAUCACAUGGCAUGAGAAACAUCCUGCUGAUCUCUGAUGGACACGUACAGAACCAGGCGCUGACUCUUCAGCUGGUCCGAGAAAACUCCUGCCACACGCGAGUCUUCACCUGCGGCCUCAGCCUGACAGCUAAUCGUCAUAUGCUCAGAGCUUUGGCUCAAGCAGGUGGUGGGACGUAUGAAUUUUUUGACACAAAGAUGAAACACACAUGGACAGAGAAGGUGCGUGCUCAGGUUCAGCGGUUGGAGUCUCCCGGCUGCAGAUCAGUGGCUGUGAAAUGGCAGCAAUUUAAUCCCACAGCGCCCCCUCCUGUUCAGGCCCCCUCACAGCUUCACGCUCUCUUCAGUGACUGUCAUACACUCGUGUACGGCUUUGUGCCCCACUGUACUCAGGCCAUGCUGUUUGGUGAUCUGAGUGGACAGGAGAUAAAAACAAUGGUGUCAACCACAGAACUUCAAAAGACAAAAGGAACUUUCCUUCACAAGUUAACAGCCAGAGCGAUCAUCAGAGAUUAUGAAGAUGGCAUACUCGGAAACAGUGAGGCAGAACAUGAGGGAAAGAAAGCAGAGCUGAAGUCUUACAUCACUGAACUCAGUAAAGAGUUCUCCGUCUUGUCUCAGUUCACCAGCUUUGUGGCCAUUGAAGAGAGGGACCGGAAUCAGCUUGACACUGGAUUCACAGAUAUUCCUAAACUAAUCGCAGAAGAGGAUGUGGAUAUUCUGCCUUAUAUAGGCUGGACUGAGGAUAAAAAGGUAGACUUCGGAUGCAUGGCCUUGGAUUUGGACAGUGCUGUUGGCGGAGUUUUUGAUAUGUUGAUAGAGGAUUUUGAGUGGGAUAGCUGCAUUAAAAGUUAUGAAUCUCCUCUCAAAUAUGUUUCCAAACGUUGUAGCUCAGAGUCUCACUCUCACAAUGAACAGAUGUCAAAUUUAAAUUUGCAGGCUUUGCAAAUGACUGAUGUUGAAGCUGAAAUGUUCUCACAAUCAGAAGGAUUCUUUGAUGCUGAUUACACAAAAUUACAAGAGGAAUUUAGUUGUCUACGAUUAAUAGACACAAAUUUCCGCUUGAGAGAAAGACCUCCCUCUCCACCUGUGACUGAGAGGAGGAGGUGGAGGACAAGGCAAAGAGAUGUUAAUUCUCCUCCUGGUGCCCCUGAAGUUGAGCCUAGAAGAAGGUCUGAUAAACCUCGUAGGGGUUGUGAUGACCUUGGAGAAAGAAGACGUUCAUCAGAUAUGGAUUUAUUUGAGUGCAACAUGCGAAAUAGUGUGUCUUCUGCACCUGCUUUUUUUAGCGAAAGGAAACAUAUAAGAUCAUAUAGAAAACCAAGGUCAGCCAGCCGAGAAACAUACAGACGUGACAUAGUGGCCUGGGAUGAGCUAUUUCAGCUUCAGCAUGAGGAUGGAUACUGGGAAUGCACUGGGAGGCUCAGUAGCUUCCUCAGCCUGGACAUAGACUUUUUUGCUAAUGUCUUCCUUAAAGAGAAAGGCAUUUGUUCACUGGGUGCAAAGGCUCAUGCAGAUAUUUUGAGAUUGGUGGCCACUCUGUUGGUGCUGCAGCUGAUUCGAGUAAAGAAGUCAGCCGAGGGGAAGCUGCUUCAGUCUCUCUUCUCUCUGAAAGACUCUGAGGGUCCCAGGCCAAUGCACUGGGAGGCUGUGAAGAAAGCAGUGGACUGGGCUUGCUGGGCAGAUAAACAAUAUCCAUGUGUGUGCAGCAGACUGGAGUUCGGCUGGGAUUGGGAAUCAUCCACACGCCAGUUACUGGGCUAUGAUUCCCCACUUCCAUACUCUCCACUCAUACCUGUUCUGGACAGGCCUGUGCAUGGCCAUUGGGAUUGAUUGGGCUUGAGCCCAGGGGCCCCGCUCAGUAUGGGGCCCCCUGCUUGUGUUCAUUUGAUUUGUUCAGUAAUAUGAACGUUGUUUUCAUUUUCUUUUACAGCCUUUUGGUUGGUCUAGUGUGAUUAACUAGACCUAAACUUUGUAAGGAAUAGUGCAGUAAAUUCGUUAAAGGCGGGCUGCAUGAUCUCUGAAAGCCAGUGUUGAUAUUUGAAAUCACCUAAACACACACGCCCUACCCCAAUAGAAUCUGGAGCUUCUUUUGAUUGAACCGCCCACACAUACACAACCCAGGCAAUGAUGUUGGUUAGUAGACACGCCCCUUAAUGCUGAUUGGCUACAAGUGUGUUUUGGUACUCGGCCCGACUCCCUUUUCUAAACUGUUUUUCAAAAAUCAUGCACCCUGCCUUUAACUCCUGUUAGCAUUGCACAGUGACCAAAUCUUUCAAACAUGGUAAGGAACGUCACAUUUUCAGCUGACAUCAGAGGUAUUCAGGCCAAUUAUAACGUACAGAUUAGCUGGCCAAUCAGGGACACAGAGCUUUUCAUAUCGAUGUGUUUUGUACAAAAUCAGUGCGUUUCAUGAAGCAAGGGAAAUCUGGAGCUACAAAAAUGUACGGUAUGUGGAAAAUAAUGUGUUAUUUACCAUAAACCACGCAAACACAUUGUAUUAAACCAAAUACACAUUAUUAAUUUGAAUUAAUUUACAAAUCAUGCAGUUAAUUUGGUUUUUGACAGUUCUAAAAAUACAUCAUUUAAUUGGCUUAUGUUCUGCUUCAGAGAUAUAGACCAUUUCAAAAGAUGUAAACAACACUGGUCCAGAAGAACUUCCUGUUUCCGUUUUUUAACACUAGAUAAACGUUGGGAUAAAAUAAACCAACAGAACAUAUAAACCUGAAUUAACUGAAGUUAAACAAACAUCUUAAAGAUAAUAAUAUAUGUGAAAUAAAAAAUAACUGUCACAAACUGUAACAGGAAGUGUUUCUGGACCAGUGUUGUUUACAUCAUUUGAACUGGUCUAUAGGUGCAGUUUAUUAGACAGCUCUUAUCCUUCUCCCAGAAUAAAAUGCAUGUUUGAGCUGCCUUCAUUUAAAAACAUCUUGCACUGACCUAUCUUAAUAUAUAUCAUACCACUGUCUUGUCUCAAGACGCACACCAGUAUUGUUUUUUGUAAGGUUUGUUUGUAAAAACUACUUUAAUGUCCUAAUAUAACUAAGGCCUAUUCUGGAUUAGUCUAAUAGUCUAGUUUAUCGGUUAUUUAGUAACUGGACAGAACUUUUCGUUUACAUUUCUUGUUUCAAUUUCUGACCUCAAAACUUUAUAACAAUGUCAAUAACAUUUCAUAAUUCUGUAGUCUCAAACAAUAUAUUAAAGAAUAAUUUACUCAAACAAUGAAACUUGAAUUUUGAACUUACUUUAAUGUUGUUUUAAUUGCUUAUGACUUUUUUAGUGUAACACAAAAUGUUGUGAUUUAUUUUCCUUUCCAUACAAUAGAAAUGAGUGAUAACUGGGGCUUUUCAAACUCAGGAAAACAAUGAAAAGUCACUUAAGGACUGUAAAAUCAAUUGUGAAAUCUUGUGUACUUUAUUUAUUUAUUUGAUUUUGAGUCAAAAUAAAGCAUAAUUUUUAACAGUGUAAAUAUAUAGCUUAUAUAAAUAUACAAAUUAAUGCCAGAAGCACAAGCAGACAGAAGUUUAAUUAUAAU